GAGGUCUCACUGCGACUGCAGACACGAGUUGGAGGAGAAGGAGGGGAUGACACAGACUUCAGAUAAUGCAGUCAGCAACACUUCGUAAUAGAGCUGUAGUUUAGGAGAGAGAGACUUGUCAAACCUUCAAAUCAUCUCAUCCAAGCGGAUUUCUAAUAGGCUUUUUAUUAGCUUUAAAAAAAAAAUCAAAACCAGUAGCAUUUUUUCAGCAUUUCGAGUAGCCUACAAGGUCACAAUUGUAUUUUUAUUUUAUCCCAGUGAACGUGCUUUGUAUUGAAGUCUUUCGGAUUGGGUGGAGAUCAAACGGCGAUGGAGUCGGAGAGGAAUAAACGGCUCUUGCAAGAUGUCCUGGCCAGACCUGGAAACGAUGUAUGUGCAGACUGCGGCAAUGCAGAGCCAGACUGGGCUUCAGUGACUCUGGGUGUGUUUGUGUGCCAGGGCUGCUCCCUCCUCCACAGAGGCAUCCCUCACAUCAGCAGGGUCAAGUCUGUCCAGCAGGAGACAUGGGACGCCUCAGAGGUCGAGCUAAUGGCUGCCAUGGGUAAUGAACCAGCCAAAGCCAAGUAUGAACAGAAGGUUCCAGCAUUCUACUACAGACCCAAACACACAGACUGCAAGCUACUGCGGGAGCAGUGGAUCCGAGCCAGGUACGAGAGGAACGAGUUUGAGUUCAUCGAGAAACAGGAGCCAUACUCUGCAGGUUACAGAGAGGGGUUUCUAUGGAAACGCGGGCGAGACAACGGCCAGUUCCUCAGCCGGAAAUUCAUCCUGUCAGAACGAGAGGGGGCGCUCAAGUAUUUCAACAAGCAGGACUUUGUGUAUCUCCCCCAGGCGCGGGACCCCAAGGCGGUGAUGAAGAUCGAGACUCUCAACGCCACGUUCCAGCCGGCUAAGAUAGGCAACCCCUACGGCCUGCAGAUUACUUACCUGAGAGACAACAGCACCAGGAACAUCUUUGUCUACCACAGCGACUCUAAGGAAAUGGUGGACUGGUUCAACGCUAUCAGAGCUGCCAGGUUCCAUUACCUUCAGGUGGCCUUCCCUGGAGCCAGUGAUGAGGAGCUGGUGCCCAAACUUACACGUAGCUUCAUGAAAGAGGGCUUCAUGGAAAAGACAGGCCCAAAGCACACAGAGGGCUUUAAGAAAAGGUGGUUCACCAUGGAUGACAGGAGACUCAUGUACUUCAAAGAUCCUCUGGAUGCCUAUGCAAGGGGAGAGGUGUUCAUCGGCAGUAAAGAGAACAGCUACACCGUGCUCCCAGGCCUUCCCCCCUCAACACAGGGCUACCACUGGAACCAUGGCAUCACCAUAGUAACACCAGACAGGAAGUUCCUGUUUGCCUGCGAGACGGAGGCGGAGCAGAGGGACUGGAUCGCUGCCUUCCAGAGGGUCAUCAACAGACCCAUGAGACCACAAGAGUACGCAGUGGAGGCCCAUUUCAAACACAAGCCCUGAGACUGGAGCUAGAGCUGUCACUCUACUGGUCAGCUCAAGUCCCACCAAGAACAGAACAGACAGGAUUUCUCUGCAGAGACGCCAGAAUAACACAAGUCUCUACUGUACCUGGAGCGAAGGAACGAGAUGAUAGAGACGGAAGAGAUAGAUCAGAGAGGAGAGAGAAAAACAAUAAAAGGUCUUACUUCUCCACCUCUUCUGAACAUGAUGCCUAAACCGGGGGUUAGAGGUCAGGGGUCAGGGGAUUUGAGAGGAGAGAAAAUAACACUGAAACAUCAAUUCCCCUGCUGCCGCUCUCCACAUAGACUCUUCUACACUGCACCCCCGCUCUUAGUGUUGUGAGUGGUUCAUCCCUUGUUGUAUACUAAUGAGUCAUGUUCACUGUGUUUGUUGAGAGCAGUACUGUAAUUGUAAUUUAUUGUUUGGACAGUUUUGAUGACAGUGGAUUUAUGCAAUUUCUCUGAUUGUUCUAAACGUAUGCUUUUAGGCAGGGUUAUACACAUCUCGUGGCUGUUUUUUUUUUUUUUUAAUAUAAAUGUGAAUGUAAAUAUUUUGUUACUUCAUGCAACAGGGUUGUAAUUUAUUUAAUAUUAACUGAUUCAACCAAAUUGUGAUUAUCAUUGAAAGACACUAGAUGGCACUCUAGGCCAUUGUAAUACAUCACCCAUGAUGUGCAUUGUCAUUCUAUUGGUCUGCCGCUGUAAUAAACUUGACAGGGAUCCAAGCUGAGAACAAUCCCAUUGACCGUGUCUCCUUUACUUUGGAUUCUUAUUAUCAAAUAAAUCAUUAAAUAAU